AGAGCAGCCCAAGAAAGGUACGCAGAGCGAGUAUUUCAUGGCAGUAGAGGCAUCUCUGUGCUUGCAAAACCAAUAGAAACAGAACAAAGUUACUUUUUAGUUUUUUCCUUCGCCCCCCCCCCCCCUCUCUCUCUCUGAACUACUACUACUACACCCAACAAGAUGGAAAAGAGGAAAGACUGAAAUGUUUACCGGGAAAAGAGUUUCUUCCGUCAAAAAUAAACGAGGAUAAUUAGAAGUCUUUCUUGGUGAUCGUUUAUCUAUUCUGGUUCUUCUUUCACGGGAAUAUGUGUUUCCCCUUGCAAGUUCUUAGGUUCGGCUUGGUUUGAUUGAUGACCCAGACGAUGUAUCAACAGUUUCUUCUCUGACUUUGAGGGUCUCGAGUGGUUACUGGCAUGGGUCUUGGUUUCCUUCUCAGCUUAUGUGUUUUUAUAUGAUGAAAUUGGUUUUCUUUGGUUUUAAUCCAUUAGCUUUAUUGCACUGUGUAGGGUUUACAUUUUAUUGUGCAUUCAGGAGUCAAUAGAUCAAGUUUUGUUUUUUAUUUUCAUUUAAGAUGUCUGAUGAAAGACUUCAUCGAUGCUAAAUAUUGCGCUGAACUGUUCUGAAGUGAUCUUUUGUUUCUAUAAAAGUACAUUCUGUAAAGUUAGAAUCAUUUUCUUCCUGAAUCCAUGGAUCAACUGUUAUACCUGCUGUUCUUAAACGUUCCGACAAGGGGCCCUGUAUUUUGCGCCGAGGGUGUCAGUUUCAGGCAUACAGUUUUGGUAUUGAGUUCAUCUGUUGAUCAUGGUUCCUUUUUUUGGACUCUCUGAAGCGAUUUGACUAAUUAUUUUCUUGUUAUAUGACUGAUUUUAGAGACAAUUUGAAGUUACAUUUGGCUAUUUUGUCUAGGCUAAUUGUUUUAUAAUAUGGUUUGUGCCAUUGUUUGUAGUUGGUGUUUCUCCACGUUUCUCUGGAAUUUCUGAUGCUGGUUUGUUCUACAUUAAUGUCACAUUACAGUUUCCUUUCUAGUAUGCGGAUAUAGUAGUCUGUUUCCCUGCACAAGAAAUCAUUUGAGGAUUGUUUUGUCACUGGCUUACAUGGAUGAGAAAGGUGGACUGGGUAUUCGGAAUUGGAAUUUCUCGGAGCAGUCCGUGGGUGUAGAUGCAGUAUUGAAGCCCGUCUCUGGAGUCCAAGUCCCUGGUGGAACCUCUGGACAUCAAACUGCCUUUUUAAAGAUGGGGGCAUAUGGCAACAGAAAUUCCAUGAUUCCUCAUGCUGAUGCAGGAGCAUCUGCUAUGGAGUAUGCUGGGCACUGUUGGGUUCACCCUAGAAACUUCUUGCCUGUCAAUAAAGCCAGUCCGUCUCCACUUCAGGCAAUUCCACUGAACACAGACGGAGGCAUCCCUGUUGUUCCUACUGGUAUGGGUGUACCAACAGAUGGACAAACACAAAGUAGUGAGUUUGGGACUAAAUCAUCAAAGAUCAGAAAACAGCAGCCUUCUGCAAAGAAGUCUAAUCGUGUUGCUUCCAAGGUCUUAAGGCCAAAGCAACCCAAAAAGAAGCCCUCUGUCUCUACAAAAAAGAAGAAUAAUUCUAUAUCCACUGUAAAGCAUGAGAAGAAAAUUUUGGAUAUUGUCAUAGAUGGAACCACGAUAGAUUUUUCACAGAUGCCUGCUCCAAUUUGCUCCUGCACUGGUGUAGCUCGACAGUGCUACAGAUGGGGUGCCGGUGGAUGGCAAUCCUCCUGUUGCACCACAAGCAUAUCUGAAUACCCUCUCCCAAUGAGUACCACAAGGCCUGGAGCACGCAUGGCGGGGAGGAAAAUGAGUAAUGGUGCAUAUGCAAAGCUUCUGCAGAGACUUGCAAGUGAAGGUUAUGACCUUUCUCAUCCAGUUGACUUGAAGGAUCAUUGGGCUAGACAUGGUACCAAUAAGUUUGUUACAAUCAAGUAAAGGUGAAAACUUGAAAAGUGGUUUCUUUUAUGCUUUGUUUUCAUGCUUCUCUAAUUCAAGUUUUUGCUGUUUAGAUAUACUUCCUGCUGUAUCUAGAGACAUGAUAAAGCAGUUUUGUAAAGGUGAUUUGCUGUCAUAUCACAAAGACCUGCCUUUAGGUUCUUCUGAUGAGAAAUUAGUUGGGAUUUUAAUUUAUCAAGAUUAACUACUUUACAUCACCUGUAAAUGGCUUUUCCUUCUAUUGUUCCUUUCUAUAUUUCUUCA